CCCCCGCCGCGGCGGCGGGCACCACUCGGCCGCCGGUGGCCUCGGCGGCGGCAGCGGCGCGAUGCGGACCGGCCGCGGUGCGGCGGGCGGGGAGGCGGCGGCCGAGGAGGAGGCGGCCGAUGCGGCCAAGCGCGGCGGAGCGGCGGGGCGGGCGCGGGGCCGCGGCGGGAAGGGGUCCCCGAACGGCGAGUGCCGGCGGGGGGACCCACCACGGAGCCCCGGCCCGGAGCCUCCCCGGGAGCCCAAAGUGUCCUUCUCCUGCGGCGGCGGCGGCGCGUCCCCCGGCGGGGCCAAGGCGGCCGAGGAGGGCGCGGGUGAGGAUGCGGGCGAGGAGGCCCGCGGCAGCCAGGCCAGCUUCAUGCAGCGGCAGUUCGGGGCGAUGCUCCAGCCCGGCGUCAACAAGUUCUCGCUGCGGAUGUUCGGCUCGCAGAAGGCGGUGGAACGAGAGCAGGAGCGCGUCAAGUCGGCGGGGGCCUGGAUCAUCCACCCCUACAGCGACUUCAGGUUUUACUGGGACUUCACGAUGCUGCUCUUCAUGGUGGGCAACCUGAUCAUCAUCCCCGUGGGCAUCACCUUCUUCAAGGAGGAGACCACGGCACCUUGGAUCGUGUUCAACGUGGUCUCCGACACCUUCUUCCUGAUGGACCUGGUGCUGAACUUCCGCACAGGGAUUGUCAUUGAGGACAACACGGAAAUCAUCCUGGACCCGGAGAGGAUCAAGAAGAAGUACCUCAAGACUUGGUUUGUGGUGGACUUUGUUUCCUCCAUCCCCGUGGACUACGUCUUCCUCAUAGUGGAGAAGGGAAUAGACUCGGAGGUGUACAAGACGGCCCGUGCACUGCGCAUCGUGCGCUUCACCAAGAUCCUCAGCCUCCUGCGCCUGCUCCGCCUCUCCCGGCUCAUCCGCUACAUCCACCAGUGGGAGGAGAUUUUCCACAUGACGUAUGACCUGGCCAGCGCAGUGAUGAGGAUCAUCAAUCUCAUCGGGAUGAUGCUGCUGCUCUGCCACUGGGACGGCUGCCUGCAGUUCCUGGUGCCCAUGCUGCAGGACUUCCCGCAGAACUGCUGGGUCUCCAUCAACGGGAUGGUGAACGACUCGUGGAGCGAGCUCUACUCCUUCGCCCUCUUCAAGUCCAUGAGCCACAUGCUCUGCAUCGGCUACGGGAAGCAGGCGCCCGAGAGCAUGACGGACAUCUGGCUGACCAUGCUGAGCAUGAUCGUGGGGGCCACCUGCUACGCCAUGUUCAUCGGCCACGCCACCGCCCUCAUCCAGUCCCUGGACUCCUCGCGGCGUCAGUACCAGGAGAAGUACAAGCAGGUGGAGCAGUACAUGUCCUUCCACAAGCUGCCCGCCGACUUCCGACAGAAGAUCCAUGACUACUACGAGCACCGCUACCAGGGCAAGAUGUUCGACGAGGACAGCAUCCUGGGGGAGCUCAACGAGCCCCUGCGCGAGGAAAUUGUGAACUUCAACUGCCGCAAGCUGGUGGCCUCGAUGCCCCUGUUUGCCAACGCGGACCCCAACUUUGUCACCGCGAUGCUCACCAAGCUGAAGUUCGAGGUGUUUCAGCCGGGUGACUACAUCAUCCGCGAGGGCACCAUUGGCAAGAAGAUGUACUUCAUCCAGCACGGGGUGGUCAGCAUCCUCACCAAGGGCAACAAGGAGAUGAAACUCUCUGACGGCUCCUACUUCGGAGAAAUCUGCCUGCUGACGCGGGGCCGGCGCACGGCCAGCGUCCGGGCGGACACCUACUGCCGCCUCUACUCGCUCUCGGUGGACAACUUCAACGAGGUGCUGGAGGAGUACCCCAUGAUGAGACGGGCCUUCGAGACCGUGGCCAUCGACCGCCUCGACCGCAUCGGGAAGAAGAACUCGAUCCUGCUCCACAAAGUGCAGCACGACCUCAACUCGGGUGUCUUCAACAACCAGGAGAACGAGAUCAUCCAGGAGAUCGUCAAGUACGACCGGGAGAUGGUGCAGCAGGCGGAGCUGCAGCAGCACACGGCCAUGUACAGCCCGGUCCAGCCGCAGGUCACCUCGGCCAUUGCCACACUCCAGCAAGCCGUGGCCAUGAGCUUCUGCCCGCAGAUGGCCAGCCCGCUGGUGGGCUCCAUGGCGCUGGGCUCGCCCCGCAUGAUGCGCCGCUUGCAGUACGCCCAGGCCGUGCCCAGCCCCUUCGCCGUCUCCCCCGUCCUGCUGCAGCAGAGCCCCCCGCAGCAGCCGCAGCCCCCAGCGCCCCACGCCAACCCCUCGCCGGACCCGGCCCAGCCCGCAGCCCUGCCCACCAACGCCUUCGCCGCGGCCAGCCCGCCGUCCCAAAGCCCCCUGGCCAGCCGGACGUUCGCCUAUGGCGGGGCCGCGGGGCAGGGGGGCUCCCAGCUGUCCCUGGGCCAGCAGCAGCCGCCCGGCUCGCCGCAGCGCCUGGCCGCGCACAAGAGCACGCAGGCGCUGCCCACCAGCAGCCUCAGCCAGGAGUCGCGGCCCCUCUCGGCCUCGCAGCCCUCCCUGCCCCACGGGCUGGCGGCCGGCAGCACCCAGAGCCCACCGGCCUCGGCCCGCGAGUCCUGCUCCUCCAUCGGCGGGGGCCCGGCUGCCGCUUCACCAGGCCCUGGCCCCCCGGCCACACUGCGGGGCCAGGCCCCGCCGCGGGGACCCCCGGUGCACCCGGCGCCCACGGGCUCGGGGCUGGCGGGGCCGCCCGCCACGCCACAGGACUCGGCCCGCAAGGAUUCGGCGGCCAGCACGCCCGACACGGACCCGGCCAAGUCCAGGCUCUCUUCCAACUUGUGACCUCCGCAUCGCGCGGGGACGAGGCGCCGCGGCAGCGGGUCCCGUCUUCCCGUCCCGUCCCGCGCCACCCUGGCAGAGGAGCCACAGCCACAGCCACCCCAGCAGCUGCUGGGGUGGGCACAGGGCCCCUGUGCCCCCCACCUGCUCUGAGGACACGGCAGGGCCGGGCUGAGCCCCCACCCAUGUCACCUGCAACCAAAGUCUGGCCCCAUGUCCCACUCCCCACGGCGAAGCCGCACUGCCCCCAGCCCCUCGGCUGCCCCAUAGAAGCCACAGCUGCAUCAUCCCGUGACCAGUGCAUAUAUGAUAUUUAUGACCCAAAUACAUCCCCCUGUGUGCACCCGCAGGACACCGCCCCAGGGCUUUCAGCACGCUGGCCCCCGCGCCUGCGCGUGUCCCUGCGUCCCCCCCAUGGACCCCGGGUGAGGGGGGACAGUCCAGGACUGGAGGUAAGUUGGGGGGGGUCUGAGGGAUGGUCGCCCCAAGGCUGGUGAGCACCGUGUGUGUGUGCACCCGCAGACACACGUGCAGGGGGUGUGUACAUGCGGUGUACGUCACACCCCUGCCACACGCACCGGAGACUCCCACGGUGCCCACACGUGGCGGCGGAGCCAGGGCUCCCACGCCAUCGCGGUGUCACACAGCCGGGGACAGGGCCCCGCUCCCGGCGUCCACCUUCCAUCCAGCCCAUCCUGUGCAAUAAACGUCAGCGACUGACAGCGCUA